AUGCGGACUGUUAUAGUCCUUCUAAUCUGGUGUGUCGGUGUGGCAUCAUCCGCUAGCGAUUGCUUGAGAUCCAGUAAAAAACAAGAAAUAACUACCUAUACUCUGAAUGAACCUCUAAGAAAGCCUCACAAAGUAGCAAUGGAAAGAGUGAUGAAGAUAUAUGUGAAGAUGCAUGGAAACAAUCCAUUCACCACUUUGAGGUUUGCCAACUCUUACACCCUAUUUCUGGAUCACUUCACAACGAUUACGGGACCAGGAAAGAUGUAUUCUGUCGAAAGUCUCUCGGGAACAGUUGGGAAGACAAAAAUUGGGCCAAUCGAUUACUCUACAGAUUUAAAGACUGAAGAAGUCGUUCCAUUGCCGGGCGAUACCUUUGCCAGCACUUACAAUCGUUGCCGAGAAACUGAUUUGUUGAAUUCUGUGCAGCUGCUAUAA